AAAUGUGUGUUCGUAAUUCGUACUAAGUUCGAGUAAACAAACUUCGAGCGUUCAAGUAGCAUCUUAGCGUCGGUGAAACUGAAAUUGGCGUACAUGGAAGUCUUUUUAUCUUUUUAGACUAAUUACCUUCGUUAUCUAUGUGUGCCCAAGUAACAGGGCCAAAAACAUAGACUCGAUGGGUUGUUGUGGUGAAAACAGAAAUCCUGCCCGGGAGGAAGACAGGCGACCAACAGAUGUGCUGUGGCUUGUCGUGUUUUUUCUAUUUUUAGCUCUUAUGAUAUUUAUUGCAGCCUUUGCCUUGGUUUAUGGAGACCCGUUACGCUUAGUUAAUGGCUAUGACAGCUUUGGAAAUGUGUGUGGCAGCAGUAAUGACCUUGUGGUUGAUCAAGAAAAUGGAACAGAAAUGUUUUUAGGAUAUGAUGCAACAGAUCUCAAAUAUGUAUUCUUUUUUGAUGUACUGAACCUCAACAGGUCAUUGAAAAUAUGUGUGAAAGAGUGCCCUGACCAAACACUGUCAACACUGCAGGAUAUUCAUGAUUUUUAUAAUCGUACAGGCUCUGGUCUUUGUAGGUAUGACUAUUACAAAUACAGCGAAGACGUCAGUCAUCUCAAGAAUGUUAGUCAUGUGCAUUUCAAUGACAGCUUGUCAUUUACUAUGUGCCCCAAUCUUCCAGUAUUUCAAAGUGAUCCUGUUCUGAACAGAUGUGUUCCUGUUAGGGGUGUAGGCCUUACUGGCCUAAUAUAUGACCUCUAUGGCUAUCUAAAUUCACUCGACAUUUUAGAGCAGGUGCUUGCAGACCUCUAUGCUUCAUGGCACUUGAUCCUGAUGUUUAUUUUCAUAACUCUUGGUCUGUCAUGCUUUGUGAUGAUAUGUUUGCAUUACAUGGCAACUGUAGUGUCAUAUGCCAUUAUUAUUGCUGUCUCCAUUGUUGCUUCUGUUGCUACAGUUCUUUUGUGGUGGAGCUACACUAGUGUGCAUCUUCAGCUCAACAACUUGCCUGAUUAUGAAAUCCUUGAAGAGAGCGUUCGUAAUGAGAGAGCUCUUUUGGCUUAUGCUAUCAUUUCAACAAUCAUGACACUGGCACUGAUUGCAUUGGUUGUUUAUGUCCGUCCUCACAUUGCUAUGGUGUCUGAAUUGUUCAGGCAUGCUGGUGGGUGCUUAGUUCGUCACCCUGGACUUCUGCUGCAGCCUGUUAUAACUUUUUGUGUACUCUUAGCAUUUUUCUUGUUAUGGGUCUGGGUUAUGGUGUCUCUAGCCACUGCAAAACACAUGCGUAGCAUCAGCCUAGAGUCAGCUAUUGACAAGUCAGCAUCCAAUGUGACAUCGUUACAAGUCAAACCCCCUCCUCUACUCUUGUUGGAAUAUGUUGAUCCCACCUGGGUGCGUUCUUUGUGGUGGGUGUGGGCAAUAGGACUGGUAUGGGUGGCAGAGUUCAUACUUGCCUGUCAGCAGAUGAUCAUUGCUUCAGCAGUUUCUACUUGGUAUUUUUCAAGGCAAGAGGGACGUACAAAAGCCAAACAUCCUGUCUGGUGGUCUUGGCAGACUCUUCUCUCUUAUCAUAUUGGUACAGUUGCAAAAGGGUCCUUUCUUAUCACUCUUUGUAAACUGCCACGACUGAUCAUCCAGUGGACAACAAAAAAGUGCAAAGACCCAGAACACAUCUGUGCAAGGUGUGGCCUGAAGCUCUGUUGUUGUUGUUUAUGGUGUUUUGAACAUCUGCUCAAGUACAUGAAUCAUAAUGCAUACACAGUCACAGCCACAAGAGGCACAGCAUUUUGCGAGUCUGCAAAAAUAGCUUGGCGAGUAAUUCUUACCAACAUGUUACAAGUGGCUACAGUUAAUAGUGUUGGGGAUUUGAUGCUGUUUUUAGCCAAGGUAGCUGUUACAGGGACCGUAUGUUGCAUUGCUCUUCCUGUCUUUCAUAGUGAUAAAACAUUGCACCUGUAUGCUGUUCCAUUGUUUGUCACUGCAGUGUUUGCCUUUUUCAUCACACACUGUGUCUUCUCUGUGUAUGAGAUGGCUGUAGACACCUUGUUUCUCUGUUUCUCGGAUGACUAUAAUACUUAUGACACCACAGAUGGCAGAGAUUUAGUUGCUGAUAAAGAACUGUAUGAAUUCAUGGUUAAACAUGAAGACAUAGAUAGGAAAACUUCCCGCAGGACCCGUCAUCGAGAACCUCCAGAAACUAUAAGAUUCAAAGAGGGAACUGUGUGAAUGAAUGAAACUUUCAUGUGAUAUUUAAUUUUAUGAUAUUUUUUUUUACAUGAGACACUGAAGAUGGAGUUGUUUGUGUUUUAAUAGAAGAUAGUUAUGGUAAAGGGAAGGUGUAUGUGCCUUAAUACUUAAAGUGUACUUAAAUAUUUUUUCAAAUUUAGAGCUUCAGUAUUAAUGUUAUAUAAGUUUUCUGUUAAUGUAGUUAUUUUCUUUAGUAAUUUAGCUGUAAUGAAUAUCUUUUACAGGAGGUGUGAUGUGUAUUAAGUUUACAAUUUUGUUUUUAGUGGCAUUCAUGCAAAUGUGUUACAAAUCUAAUGUUUGUAGUAAUGUAAAUCUGCAGUAUGCGCUGUACUUACAAGUAAAUGAAAUUUGUUUUUCAGACUUUAUAAUUAUGGGAACAACUAAUGUAAAGGGGUUUCAGGUCUUUCUAAUAUCUAAUAAUUUAAUUCAAGAUUUCUUAACAUGGUUAUCUGAGUUCCAAAGAAAGAUUUCCUUUGUAGGUCACAACAUUAUUUCAACUACUACCCAAUGACCUUGUAAUGAUAUAUGGACUAGAACCAUUUGCUGAAUUGGGUUUGUUUCCAAAAUUCCGUUUGGAUGUACAUGCCAUUUAAUGAACUGUGGCAUCUCAAAACCAUUAUACUACCAGGAACUUUAUGGGGAGGUCAUAUUAUCUUGGUUAAAGGCUAACAAUUUUUAAAAGUAUGGAUGAUGAUGCAUUCAUACCGAGUGAUCAGGCUCCCCACUUUGUAGUAGCUUGAAAGUUCUGCAUCUGCUACCCAUAACUGCAACAUAUAUAUUUAAGAUGUGCUGUAUUGUUUAACUGUCAAGAUGUUACUGCUCUUUAUGCAAGCUACAGAACCAGUAUACCUAUAAAACAAAAUAUGGCACAAUUUGCUACCUCUAGAGUUGGAAGUCUUGAUUUUGUAUUGUAACCACCACUGUACUAGGAAAUUAGAAUUUGUAUGGCCCUAGUCAUGAAUUAAUAUGUCAUAAUUAAUAAUUUCAGCAUUCCAAAGGAAAUUUGCUAACCUGAAGGCCCACUGAUUUUAGACAAUUUUCUGAUGGCUGCACGAUUCAAGAGGAUCCUCAUACUAUUAAUAUCUCUAUUCCCAGCUCAAAUGGUACCCUGAAGAAUUAACUCCAGAUCCCUAUUGUCAUAGCAGGCUGGUGUUUAAACAGGCAAAAAUACUACUUACCUAACAGCAUUAGUAUACAGAAGGAUGUAGAGGCAGCUCUGACUCAUGGCAGGCAUUCCUACAAGGUGGUGGUUCCAUAAUAAGGCCCUCCUUGAGACCAAGACUCAAAAAAAAAAUGUAGAAAGAUAGUUACACAGAAGAAUUCUCAUUUAUUGUAGCAAACCAGAAUAUAACCUAAUAGGAUGGUUAGGAUUGUGAAACAAGCAAAUGAUAGCUAGCCUUCUUGUUCUUUUAAGAGACAGAAACAUACCAUUAAUAUGUUAUUCGCUGCUAGAAUGUGAUACCCUGAAAAAAUUACUCCAGAUCCCUACUGUCAUAGCAGGCAAAUGCUAAACAGGCAAAGACCACUUAGUACUUAACAGCACCAUAUAGGAGGAUGUAGAGGCAGCUCCGACUCUCAAGGCGGGCAGUCCUGCAAGGUGGUGGUUCCACAAUGAGGCCCUUUGUGGCAAAGACGAAAAUUUUUUUGAAGAAUAGUUACAUGGAAGAGGAGGAGUUCUCAUUUGUUGUAGGACCCAGUUUGUCCUUCAAGUUAGUAACCACAGAAAUAUAACCUAAUAGGAUGGUUAGGAUUUUGUAAAGAGCAAAUGAUACCUACCCUUCUUGUUCUUGAUGACAUUGACAGCUCACACUACAAGAGGGUCUUAGGCCUCAUCAAGAGAAUGACCUUGCACCCUCCCCAUCUGUUGGGGGCUUGGGACUGUCUGUGGAUGUUCAUUAACUUCCACUACCCCCAGCAAAAAUAGCAUGUAUUGGAAUAGUUUGAAGCCACAGUAAAGAUUUCAUAGCAGCAGAUGAUAGAAUAUGGGAUUUAGGCCAAGCGCUGGGACCUAUAAGGUCAUUCAGCACUGAAAUGGAAAUUGACAGUAAGGUGGUUUGAUAGGUUUAACAGGAGGAAAACCUUGCAGUUGCACUAAGGGGCCAAAGAGAUGUUGCAAAGACCUUUAAGUAAUGCCUACAGUACCAUCAUGUGAGGUGCACUGACAGCACUAACCCCCUACAUGACCAUGUCAGCAGAAACCAUGAGGUGUAGCAGAUGAAUUACUUUCUCAAAGAAACUUUUAAGUAGCUUUUAUUCAUUAAUGCUUUACUACAGUUUCAUAUAGCAUCAUUAACCCUCUUACGCCGACUGGACGUAUUUUACGACUUUUUU